AUGCAUACGCGGACCGUCAUCCCCAUCGACAAGACCUGGCAUUUCAAGCCAGCCGACAGGGACGAUGCUCCAUAUAUGGCCGUGUCUCAAUUUCCUACAAACAUUCAUCUUGAUCUUCUUCACCAUAAACUCAUUCCGGAUCCCUAUAUCGGCCAAAAUGAGGAUGAAGUUCAGUGGGUGGGCGAGACGGCCUGGGUAUACAAAGCAGCCUUCUCUUCACCAGAGAUAAAUGGCAAGGCCAAGGCCGUACUCGUCUUCGAUGGGCUUGAUACUUUUGCCAAAGUCGCCCUCAACGGCAAGGUGAUACUGGAAACUGACAAUAUGUUUGUUUCUGAAAGAGUUGAGGUAACCGAUGUAUUGAAAAAGACCGGUGACAACGAGCUGGUUAUCACAUUUGCUUCUGCGUAUCUUCAUGGCUGGAAGGAGGUUGAGAAGCACCCAAAUCACAAGUGGGGUUGCUGGAAUGGCGAUAAUUCUCGUCUUGGUGUCCGCAAAUCCCAGUACCAUUGGGGCUGGGAUUGGGGUCCUGAACUGAUGACCUGUGGUCCAUGGCGACCGGUUCACUUGGAAUUGUACGAAUCUCGCGUGGGGGACUUGUAUGCUGAAAUUGACGUUGAUUCCUCUCUCAAGAGCGUCAGAGUGGUGGCUCAUGCUGCAAUCGAGGGUACCGGCUCCAGUGUCCGCUUUAACAUAUCUCUGGGCGACAAGACCGUCGCGUCCGAGACAGUCGACAUCAAGGACGACGAGGCUGUGGCUACAUUCAAGGUCCAAAACCCCGAGCUCUGGUAUCCAAUUCGAUAUGGCAGCCAGCCACUUUACACUGUCAAGGCAACAUUGCUGGACGGGAAAACCGAAGUAGACUCAUCUUCCAAGAAGAUCGGUCUACGCAGAGCUGAGGUGAUCCAGCGGCCUCUCCUUGAUCAACCAGGGACGACUUUUUUCUUCCAAGUGAACAACAUUCCCAUUUUUUGCGGAGGCAGCAACUGGAUUCCUGCGGACAAUUUCAUCCCUCGUAUAUCAAAGGAACGAUACUACGAUUGGGUCAAGAUGGUAGCUACUGGCAACCAACUUAUGCUCCGUGUAUGGGGCGGGGGGAUCUAUGAAGAGGAGUCUCUCUACGAUGCAUGUGAUGAGCUUGGUAUCUUGGUCUGGCAAGAUUUUAUGUUUGGCUGUGGGAACUAUCCGGCGCAUAACAACUUUCUGAAGUCAGUCGAGCGAGAAGCCCGGGAAAACGUCAAGAGACUGCGACAUCACCCUUCAAUAGUUAUUUGGGCGGGAAACAAUGAGGAUUAUCAGUAUGCUGAAAGUGAAAGGCUCAACUACGAUCCUGAGGAUGAUAAUCCCGACAAUUGGCUACAUACAGAUUUCCCUGCACGAUACAUUUACGAAAAGAUCCUACCGGACGUGUGCAAGGCACUGGUACCGGAUACUUACUAUCAUCCCGGAAGUCCUUGGGGUGGUAAAAACACUUCUGAUCCAACCAUUGGUGAUAUUCAUCAGUGGAAUGUCUGGCAUGGCUCACAAGAGAAAUAUCAAAAUUUUGACAAGCUUGUUGGAAGAUUCGUAUCCGAAUUCGGAAUGGAGGCAUUCCCGUCCAUCAAAACCAUCGAUUCAUACCUACCGAAGGGUAAGGACGACCCUGAACGAUUUGCUCAGUCCUCUACUGUCGACUUCCACAACAAGGCUGCUGGCCAUGAGCGCCGCCUCGCUUCAUACUUGGCGGAGAACAUUCGCUACGCCCCCGAUCCUUUGGAGUACUACAUAUAUUGUACGCAGCUGAUGCAAGCUGAGUGCAUUGCGUCGGCCUACCGACUGUGGAAGCGAGAAUGGAGAGGUCCCGGACGUGAAUACUGCGCCGGUGCUCUUGUGUGGCAGAUGAACGACUGUUGGCCGGUGACAUCUUGGGCGAUUUGCGACUAUUAUCUGCGCCCAAAAUACGCAUACUACGCGGUCAAGCGAGAGAUGUCACCCAUCUCGGUGGGCAUGACAAGACGAGAGCACACCCACGCCAGGGACAAGUACACUCGAGUUCACAUUGUGAAAGAGAUCAAGAUUGAGAUUUGGGGUUCCAACCUGAGCCUGGAGGACUCCACAGCAGACUGCGUUGUGAAGGCAUGGGAUGUAGAGACGGGGCGUGAAACAUUUUCACAGACUGUCUCAGCAAAACAUUUCUUCCCGGCAAACGCCUCGACCGAAAUCAUCUCGAUGAACGUUCCCGUCACCAAGAAGAAUGCGGGCGAGGAAGGUCGAACAGUGGUGGCAGCGUAUUUAUACCAAGAAGGCAAGCAAAUCGCCCGCUAUGUCAACUGGCCAGAGCCACUCAAGUACUUGCACCUUCAGAAGCCAAAGCACCUGAAGGCGGAGCUUUGCGCGACAAGCACUGCAAUUGAACUCAGCGCCGAAGUGCCGGUCAAAGGCGUCGCAGUGGAGUGCGACGACGACAAUGUCAGGUUUGAUGAUAACUUGAUCGACAUUGUGCCAGGUGAAAUUGUGUCUAUUGGUGUGAAGGGAGUCACCAAGAACACUAGAUUUACGACGCAGUACCUGAACAUGUUGAGUUGA